GUUUGCACUCAGCAACGGUACAGUAGUUCCGCUCCCACUAGCAGGAGCUCAGUCAGUCAUGGCUCUCCUGUCUGAACUCACACCCGUCCUCGCUCUGAUCCUGUGCAUGGUGGCCGGCUUUUUGUUUCUGAAAUCUCGGGCACCAGAGACCAGUCCGAGAGUAGCAGAGCAAACCAAAGGGCCUACGAAAAAGGAGGUCAGACCCUGGGUGGACCAGGACUUGCAGGAUGACACAGAAAUAACAAGAGGAGAUGACGAUGAAUGGGUGGAGAACAACGAAGAGGAAGCCCUUGCACAUGUUCCCUAUUCACCACAGCGCUACCCAGAGGAGACCAUGCUGCAGAGGUCCAAAGACUUUUACUCCUUGAUGAACCAGAGGAGAUCUGUCAGAUUCAUCAGCCCCGAGCCAGUCCCACGAGAAGUCAUCGAUAAGGUCAUCCUCACUGCAGGGACAGCACCAAGUGGUGCUCACACAGAGCCCUGGACGUUUGUUGUAGUGUCAGAGAUGGACACAAAGCACAAGAUCAGACUUAUUGUGGAAGAAGAAGAGGAGGUGAACUACCGCCAGAGGAUGGGAGAUAAGUGGGUCCAUGAUUUGGCCAGGCUAAGGACAAACUGGAUUAAAGAAUAUUUGGAUGUUGCUCCAUACCUGAUUCUCAUUUUUAAACAGACUUAUGAUUUACCAAAUGGCAAGAAAAGGACCCACUAUUACAAUGAAAUCAGUGUCUAUUCUUGUGGAAUCCUCCUGGCUGCUUUGCAGAAUGUGGGCCUGGUAACCGUCACAUCAACGCCCCUAAACUGUGGCCCUCAGCUCAGGCUCCUCCUCAAGCGGCCGGUCAACGAGAAGCUGCUGAUGCUGCUUCCUGUGGGUUAUCCUGCAGCUGACGCCACUGUGCCAGAUUUGAAACGGAAGAAUCUGGAGGAGAUCAUGGUGGCCAUCUGAAC